AUGGUGAAUUACAAAACAAGUCCAAUAUUGCCAGAGUGGAAAAAGACCCCUCAAGGCCCAGGGGCUAAAACUGAAAAAGAAGAAAAGGCUUUAUCAAGUUUGAGGCAGCUCUUAGAAGUACAAAAUAAAGCAGCAGAAAACAAACAAAACUUGGAGAAACAAAAAGCAGCAAAUGGUCUAACGAAGAAACAGUCAACAUCAGAAGCAGUAUUUGAUAAAAUUAAACACUUUGCUUCUUCAGCUUUUAAGAACAAGCAAUCAUGUGUAAUAUCUUCUGUCUCAUCACCAAACAAACCAGGAAAGAUUAUUAAAACUCGUCUUCUUCUCAAAGCUCCAUUAAAUCCAUAUGAAUUGGAUUGGUGUACUGAUGCAUGUUUACUACGUUAUUUAAGAGGAUAUAACCUCAAAGUUAUUAAAUCAUUUGAAGCAUUAGCAAAAACAAUACACUUUAGACGUAAAUACGCACCUCAGUUCAUUAGCCCAAGAAAUAUUAGUUCUGGUAACAAUGUCGAAGGGUUAAUUAGAUAUGGUAUUGACAAAGAGGGCAGACCAUGUAUAUUUAUGAGAGCAAGGUAUAGUGACUCAAAUAUUGAUGCUUCUCUAAUCUUGAAUUCUCUUUUGUAUUCAAUGGAGAGGGCAUGCUUGUAUAUCGAUCAAGUAUCUACAAGUGAUAACAAAAUUAACUUAAUAGUUGAUUUUACUGGUUAUAAAAGCACCCAACAGCCACCAGUUUCUUUGUCUCUUAAAUUUGCCAAGGCAAUGGUUGAUCAUUAUCCUGAGAGACUAAAUAGAGCAUUCAUUAUACAGCCAGGUUGGUUUUUCAAAGCUGUAUGGGGAUUAAUUAGUCCAUGUAUCCCAGGUAACACUGCUGAAAAGUUUGUCUUAAUCGAUUCUGAAUCUAAUGGAAUAGAAAGUUUUUCUGUACUUAGGUCAUACGUUGAUGAUAAGUAUUUGGAUAAGGAGUGGGGAGGGUCUUGCGAGGAUAUUUUUGACCCAAAUGAGUACUGGGAAAAAGAAAAUAAUGAUUUUGAUAAAUUUUGUGAUUUUUGUCAAAAGAACUUUUAUACUCCCGAACAUCCUAUUCCAGUUAUUGUUGAUCCUCAUUCAAAAGCUGCAGUAAAGAUACCAACAGGAGUUGACCCAACUGAAGUUCCUAGGUUGGCUGUUGCAUUGUUAGAUGAUGAGGACAUUGAUCCAAAUGAACCAGUUGAGGAUGGUGGUCACCAACCUGGAGAACCUUUCAAUCCUUUAAAUCAACAACAGUCAGAGGAGAUUGAAGAGAAUAAUGAUUUUGAUGUAUUGGAUGAUACAAGUACUACACAGUAA